ACGUCAGUUCCUUCUACGAGCUGAGCUCAACGGACCUGUGCUUUCCCUCCACCGAGCCCCUGAGAUGAAGGAGGUGAAGAGCGAGCGGGAGCGGGGGCGCCGGCGCAGGCACCGGGACGGGGACUUGGUGGCGGCAGCGGCGGCCGUGGUGGUGAAGCAAGAGCGCAUCACCCCGGACCCCGAGCCUCCCGCCCACCGCCGCCCGGACGCCUGCCACAGCCCGUCCUCGCCCGCUGGCGAGCCGGGCCGCCCGGGGCAUCGCGGGAGCCGAACCCGCGGAGGCAGCCGGUCCCCAGCCAAAAAGAAAAGCAAAUCCUCAGGGAGAAGGAGCAAGUCUCCACGGAGCAAGAGAAGCCGAAGUCCUCACCACUCAACAGUCAAAGUGAAGCAGGAGCGGGAAGAUCAUCCCCGGAAAGGGCGGGAGGAUCGGCCUCACCGGGAGCCAUCAGAGCAGGAACACCGCCGAGCUCGGAACAGCGACCGAGAGAGACACCGCGGACAUUCCCACCAAAGGAGGGCCUCUAACGAACGGCCUGGCAGCGGCCAGGCGCAGGGACGGGACCGGGAUGUCCAGAGCUUGCAGGCCCAGGAAGCUGAGAGGGAGCUGCACAAUGCUAGGCGGCGGGAGCACCGGCAGAAGAACGAAGUGAGUGCCAACGAGAAUGAGUCUCAGGAGGCGGUUCCCCAGCCAGGCAGCAACAGCAAAGAAAAAGAGGUUCCCGCUAAAGAAAAGCCAAGCUUUGAACUCUCGGGGGCACUUCUAGAGGACACCAACACCUUCCGGGGGGUCGUCAUUAAAUACAGUGAGCCCCCAGAAGCACGAAUCCCAAAGAAGAGGUGGCGCCUCUACCCCUUUAAGAAUGACGAGGUGCUCCCGGUCAUGUACAUCCACCGGCAGAGUGCCUACCUUCUGGGCAGACACCGCCGCAUCGCCGACAUUCCCAUUGACCACCCCUCUUGUUCUAAGCAGCACGCAGUAUUUCAGUAUCGGCUGGUGGAGCACACCCGCGCCGAUGGGACGGUUGGCCGCAGGGUGAAGCCCUACAUCAUUGACCUAGGCUCGGGCAACGGGACCUUCCUAAACAACAAGCGCAUCGAGCCCCAGCGUUACUACGAACUAAAGGAAAAGGAUGUGCUUAAAUUUGGGUUCAGUAGCAGAGAGUAUGUCUUGCUUCAUGAGUCCUCUGACACUUCUGAAGUAGACAGGAAAGAGGACGAGGAGGAGGAGGAAGAGGAGGAAGUAUCGGACAGCUAGCAAACUAAGAAAUGACUUCGAACUAUUGAGAGGCCUUUUCCUUCUCAGAAGGCUUCGGGAUUGACCAAGAGAGCUCCGAAAUGCCUCUUACUGCCUUAAGUCUUUCCUCUGUUGCUGACCAGCUUCUGUUCCAGUGUAAGAAACGGACUUCUCUUUGGUUGGACUUCUCACCUGUGGCCCCUGGGUCACGUCCACGCCCGUGGUCCUUUGUUUCAGAGCAGCCUCACCACUUCCAACACACCGUGGUCUAGUAGAAGCGUUCAUGGCUUUAGUUGGUGCUUUUAAAACUGCCACCUAGGAAACUAUAGGCCCUUGGUUAAGGGGGAGAAUUGUGGCUUGUUCUCUUUGUACAGAUACAUUAUUUAUACAGUUAACAUUUUGUGGACCAGCUUUUCUUUUUUUUUGCAUUUUGGGGGCAAGAUCCUAAAACUUUGGUCCUCAGCCACACAGCCUCCAGUAUAUACCAAAGUGUUGACCUGCUUGAGCUCUUGAGGCCUAGUGGCAUUGGGACUUCAUUUUGGGCCCGGUGGGAGUUUACCCCUGAUCUCGUCAUAGAUUGCUGAACUUAACCGCUGCUUUCUGGAGUGGGCUUAAACUAGGACUGGACAAGAAGAUUCGGACUGCUGCCAGCAGGGGCAGGCGUAGCACUGCGAGAGGCUGAUGGUCGUCCCUCGUGGGGAUGCCUGACUCCCCCAUGGAGCGUGGGACAAAACAAUCUUGUUCUUCAGAUUUGCAUUUUUACUCACCUGUUCACCUUUUUUUUUCCUUCUGCAAGAAGUACAAUGUCACUUACAUGGCAGGGUCUUUGUUCAGUUCUAACAUUUGUACACGUCCAAGAGAGCUUGUGUAUUUUACAUGUCUCAUCUUUGGGGAAAAUGUUCAACGCGGUUGUUAUUUACCUUCCGAGGCUGGAAAGCCAGGGGCAUUACCCAGUUUCCUAGUUUUCUACCAGAGGAAUACGUGUAAGUAGAAAAGUCCUAUCUACUUCCAUAUAUGGUAUGUAUGUAGACACACGUUUGUGUGAAGAGCUGCAGACUGAUUUCCGCCGGAGAAAACUUGGUGGCGUAAAUGUACUACGGCAUUAGAGGCAAAAGCCUGCCUGCAUUUGAAUAGCAGGUUUUCAUUUUUAUGUAUUUUUUGGGGGGGAAAAUAAAAUUUGUAAAUAUA